AGCUGCCUCAGCUCACAACCUAGACAGAGAGAGAUAGGCAGGCCAGCUAGCUUCUUGUAGCUAGGUCUCCUGGAUUACUGUGACAAUGUCCAAGAUAGGCAGCUUCGUGUCCGGCCUGGUCAGCCAAAUUCAUUAGCAUCGAUCGCGCGCGCUUGUUCAUGCAUUUGACGUGCGUGCCUGCAUGCACAGCCGGCGGAGCUACGGCAGCGUCCAGCACGCGAUGGCGGUGAAUGCUCAAGCCUCCGCUGCUGCAGCGGCGGCGACGAAAGCGGGCGUCGUCGCGGCAGCGGAUGCGUCGGGGGCGACCAACAACAAGACGAAGCAGGACAAGUUCUGGAUGAGGGACCCCAAGACGGGCUGCUGGAUCCCAGAGAACCGGUUCGAAGAGGUGGACGUGGUCGACCUGCGGAACCGGCUGAUCCACGUCCACCACCACAACUAAACUCCUUCGGAAGCAGCAGCAGAUCAAACAGGCGUAUGGGCUAAUGAGCACCUUGCUGGAAUCAGUCGUCAGCUGACCACCGUCAGCAUCUAUCACGUGGAUUAUAUAUGCUGUAAAAUAAACACUGCGCAUUUCCAUACUUACUAUAAUUAAAGUACCAGUUUCAACGAUCA